CACCGCAAUUUGCUUUCCGCUAGCUUGCAGAAACUAUAAAAAUAAAAAUCCGAAUCCCAUUUUGCCGGGAAGCUUCACGCUGUAAGGGCAUCCUUCGGUGGGCGUGGGAGGGAGAGGGAGAUAGGUGUGAUGGACGCAACAAAAGUAGCGCAGCUGAGGGCUUUCGUCAGCCACUGCAAAUCUGAUCCGUCUUUUCUUCACGAUCCUUCGCUAGGGUUUUUCCGAGACUACCUCGACAGCAUCGGCGCUCGGAUUCCUUUCAAGUCUGCUUCGAAAAGUGAUGCGAAACAAGAAAUGGGUACUAUGCCAAAUGCUGAAUUUGUUGACAGUAAUAAUCCUAAACCAAGGAAUGAAGUUGAUGAUGAUGACAACCACGAUGAUGAAAUUGUUGAAUCGGAUAUUGAGUUGGAAGGCGAAGUUGUUGAACCCGAUAAUGAUUCCCCACAAAAGAUGGGGGAUCCCUCAGUCGAAGUUACUGAAGAGAACCGUGAUGCAGCACAAAUCUCCAAGGCGAAAGCGGUGGAUGCAAUAUCUGAGGGCAAACAUGAAGAUGCAAUUGAGCAUCUAACCGAAGCUAUUAUGCUUAAUCCGACUUCGGCUAUUUUGUAUGCAACUAGAGCUAGUGUUUUUGUGAAGAUGCGCAAGCCAAAUGCAGCCAUUCGAGAUGCGGAUGCAGCUUUGCAGAUAAAUUCGGAUUCAGCAAAAGGAUAUAAAUCUCGAGGGAUGGCGAAAGCACUAAUGGGAAACUGGCAGGAGGCCGUGAGUGAUCUACGUAUGGCGUCGAAACUGGAUCAUGAUGAGGAGAUCUACUCAGUGCUGAAAAUGGUUGAGCCUAAUUUACAGAAAGUUGAAGAGCACCGCAAAAAAUACGAGCAUUUGAAGAACGAGAGAGAGCGAAGGAAAGCUAAAAGACGUCAUCAGCGUGAUGAAGCUGCGAAUCGUAAGGCCGAAUCGGAAUAUCUCUCUGUCUUGCAAGAUGGUAAUGUUCUGACUAUUCGCUUGUUGACCGAGCUCGAGACGAAGCUCAAGGCUGCCUCAAAACUAUCGAGGUUGUCCAUUCUUUACUUCACAGCAACAUGGUGCGGACCAUGUCGGUCGAUAGCACCAGUCUACAAGAGCCUGGCAGAGCAGCACCACAAGGUCGUCUUCCUCAAGCUCGAUAUUGAUGAAGUUCGCGACGUUGCACACCGUUGGAAUGUGAGCAGUGUUCCUACUUUCUUCUUUGUGAAAGAUGGUAAAGAGAUUGAUAAGAUUGUUGGAGCUGAUAAAAUGGGGCUUGAGAGGAAGAUUGCUUUGCACUCAACAAAAUUGUGAGUUGAUUAGUUGAUAAUGUUACUAAAAGAAAAUCAUUAAUAUCUUUUUAUGAUUAUAAAUGUUAUGUGUGUGCAAUGCAUAUGAAAUUAUACCAUAUGAUGUAGGUCCUAUAUCUAAAUGCAUAAAAAUUGUGUGGUGUAUAUGUAAAUCACU